GCAAGAGAACAGGAUAUCUAAGUGCAUGUCUUGAAGGAGGAAGAUUCAACAAAACAACGAGCAACAAUGAUGAUUUCAGUCAACAUGAUUUUACUCUUCUUCUUGCUGACAAAAGAUUUUGUGUGCAGUGCUGAUAAAACAUCCUUUGAAAAACUGGCUGUGGAGUUGGGGGAAAGCCUCACACUGACCUGCACUUACAACUGUUCAUUGGAAUUUGUUCGUGGCCACUGGAGCCGAGCAUCAGACAACUCUGACUGCCAUGGAACAUCUAGGAAUGGGAGCAUUUGUGCUGUGUUCCUCUGCCUGAAAAAUGUGUCUGUUGAAUAUGUUGGAAAGAACUACACUUGCUACUCUGAGGACACAGGGCACCCUCUACUUCCGCGAAAAACAGAGCGUGUAAUUUUUCUUCAUAUUCGAGCACAAAGAAAAGUCCCAAACUGGACAACUGCCUCAAAGUCUGAAACUAAUAAUGCAUCUCUUCAACCUGAAACAAAAGAUUCAAAUGAAGGAGAAUUUACUGGAAUUAAGCUUUUGGCAACAGUCAGUGUUGUGGUGGCCAUUAUUCUUGCAGCUGUAGCUGUCUUUCUGUGCCUAAACAGGAACCGGCAUAGCUGGAAUGGUAAAGGGGAAGCAGUCAUUUCCAGGUCAUGCUCACCACAUCCAAAUGCCGCGCUCUCUCCAGUGAAAGGGACACUUUCAUCACAUAGCGAAAGAGUUACUUUGAGGAUGCCACCACCAGAUGAUGAUAGUGAUACUGAAGUUCCAUAUGCUGACAUAAUGAUCACCAUCAGAGGGGUCAGCACACCAGAGCUCACUCAAGUCAGCUACUUAGCAACUGGAGAGCGGUGGGGAGAUGAAUCAAGAUCCUAUUUGCAGGCCUCACGUUCAGCUGACAGACUGCAUGUGCCUCAGCUCAGAGAAAUCAGCCGCAAGAUGAGCACAAACUCUGAGUACGCAGUCAUCUCUUAUGCUUGACAUAGAAGAUUAUGGACAAUGAGAGAAAGCAAGUGGGAAAACACGAUAUUUUGUCUAUGUCUUAACAAAUUCUCUUUUUUUAACUAAAUACUGGUUUAUUGUUUUAUUUACUUAUGCGUUUUCUUUAAUAAACACAACCAUUUUA